GUUUGGUUUCCUUCUGCGCCAUCUUCAGGCUUGAUUCUACGUUGCCACUCGUCUCUUAGGCCAACGUCGAAAUGGAAUGUCAUCAGCAACUUAGGCAGCCAUUGAUUGACGAGACAGCUGGAAGCUGAAAUUUUGUCGCUGAAACAGCAAAAUCUCUGAAAAGAUAUCGGAGGACGGGGGGCGAGUUACACUCUAUUAGAGCACUUCAGGAGUUCCGAAAGUUUUAUGCUAGAGUUCGCCUCGGAAUCGUAGUCUUUCCGAUCUUACCUCUUCUCUUCAUGGCCCCACCGAUAUUCGUUUACUAUUGCUCAGGCCACGGAUACGGCCACGCAACUCGGGUUUCAGCUCUUGCCUCCCACUUACUUCGUCUCCCAACCCAAAUCAGACCGGAAGUGCAUAUCGUAUCCGAGGCCUCGAAACACGUUUUUGCCGACAGCAUUGCACUCGGCGCACAAUAUCGCUAUGCAGAUUGGAUAGACCCAGUCGUAGUCCAGCCAGUCGCCUAUAGGAUUGACCGCCAGAAAAGUUUGGAUGUUCUCAAGGCCUUCAUAAGCAAGAAGGAUGUUUUUGUUGAGACGGAGCGAGCAUGGCUUGUGGAAAUCCAGGCGAGGUGUGUCCUAAGUGACGCAGCAUUUCUGGGUUGUCUAGCAGCAAAGGCGGCCGGUGUUCCUUCUAUUCUAGUCACCAACUUCACCUUUGAUUCCGUUUACAGCUAUCUUUCCACGACCCUCAUCGAUGCACCAAUGGAACCGUCGAGUGAUGGAGAACUACUGACUGAGCUACUGUUGCUGCCGGACGUUCCUAUCCCGUGCUCAUCCAUCGAACCACUCGUAUGGCAAAUUCACUUUGGCUACCGCCACGCCGAUCUCCUUCUCCUUCUACCAGGCCAGAUACCUAUUCCCUCGUUUUCAACUUCGCCUUCCUUACCUUCUCCCGACUGGGUGGAUCUUGCUACUCAUGCGUUCUAUGCUGACAUCGUUGGUGCCAUCGACCCGGGUCAGCUCGUUCAGGCAACCGAGGACGAACACGAUGAUCAACAUCAUGGACUUGGCGGUUCGAACGAUAACGGGAUACCUCCACUUUACCCCCACAUACCCUUUCCCCAGAACACAUCUCUUCACACAAAAUCUCUUUCCGGCGCUAUAAAGAGGAGGGUAUUAUGUGCACCUCUACUCGUUCGCAGUCCUACCAUCCCUAGUUGUGCUUUGGAUUCGAUGCCUCAGCAGACGAAGUUGUCAGUUUAUACACCAGAAGGUCGGGCUCGUCUCCUCAGCAAUAUUGGUGUUCCAGAACAUCAGCAUGACCCAGAAAAGACGAAGAUCUUGGUGGUUUCUUUCGGAGGGCAAGUUUUCAGGAAGCCGGCGAGUGGAAGGAGUACCCCAAGAAGGUUUCAGUGCGAUAGACCAAGUCCCAAGAUCAAGGCACUGGUAUCGAAGAUAGUGGGGUUAAUUCAAAUGCCAGAUUCCACCAGUCAGACGAACGGAUCUCCUACGUUAAUCUCUGCGACCAGUUCAGGAUCUCUGAGUUUCAGAUUAUCUAGUUCAUCCGGCUCAUCACCCCGAUCUUUCACCCCAUUCGACCACCGAGAUAUUAACCCAGAUCCCAAACUCCGGUCGUUGAAUCUCAUCAGCACGAGUCCUCUAGACGCAUCUUCGUCAGGCCAAGCCAUGUGGAUACCUGGUGCUCCUAGUCCUGCCAUGGUUCCCAGCUCCGUCUUUUGGAACUCGCCUUUAAUCCCUUCUCUGUGUGAUGACGACAAUGACGUGGAUCAGAUCAGGACACAGGUCGUUCCCGCUAUGCCUGCUAGCCCAAAAGCUCAACAGAGUGUUUGGGAUGAUAACGAAGAAGCGGAAGAGGACUCGUUAAUGCCUUGCCUCCUACCAGAUGAAUCGUGGAUUGCGAUCGUAUGUGGUGUAUCGAAGGAACAAUGGGAAACAGAUCGAGAGGGUGGGAAUGGAGAUGGUGGCUUACCUGAAAACUUUUAUGUUGCACCUAAGGAUGUGUACAUGCCUGAUUUGACGGCUGCUGCGGACGUAUUGUUGGGUAAAUUGGGCUAUGGCACUGUUGCGGAAUGUGUGGAUUCCAAGACUCCGGUUGUGUUCGUUCCACGACCUCUGUUCAUCGAGGAGCAUGGAUUGAAGUUGCUCCUCCAGGAGUCUGGUGUUCCAGAUGUGGAACUGACUAGAGAAGAGUAUGAGAAGGGUGAUUGGGCUGCCAAAGUCUAUGAGGCAUGGACGAAAGGAAAGGAGGGGAAGAGACAGAAGCGGGUAGAGGAAGGGAGCGGUGCCUCGGUCGACGUACUAGAUGGAGAAUCGUCAACGAAAUCCGGUGUAUUGGAUGUCACUGUUCCUGGGAUGAUUGGUAUCCAGCGACGACAGAGAGAAGGGACCGAGUUGGCGAUGAGGAUUGUUCAGUGGGUGGAUGAAUGUUGGAGUGGAUGUUGAAACUAGUUAAGAGGAACUGUGCGAAAUGGCUGACAGAUUAUGUUACUACUCUGUCUUGGAGAUAGAUACAUAGAUUAAAUACACAACGCGGACCCUCAAUGGGAUCUGCUGGAGAUCACGACGC